ACGUGACCAACUUUAUUUUUGCAGUUUGUGCAAAGUUACUUUACAGUGCGGUGGUCUUGAUUAAGCAAAUAUUCAAAAAAUAUACGUAAAAGCACAGAAUGUAUUCUCCAGCGGUGGGUGUUGUUUACAUCUUCAACCUCAUAGUUGGAACGGGAGCUCUAACUCUUCCCAAAGCCAUGGCAUCAGCUGGUUGGCUUGUCAGUUUAAUAUUACUUACUCUAUUAGGGUUUGUGAGUUACAUCACAACUACAUUUAUGGUUGAAUCCUUGUCGAUCGCCAACGCUUGCAUUCGAAGAAAUAAAAGAGAAAAUUUAAGUGAAGAUUCAGUUGCUGCUUCUGACACCGAUUCCGACUCCAAUCGUUCCAUAAACCCACCGCCUCCCAUUGAUCCAACGGAACGUAGCGCACUGCUGGAUUCUGCUUCAUCUUCCUACACCAGCAGAAGAUCCUCCAUAAACAGCAACACAACUUCAAUGUUCUCGAUCACAAGAGCUGUGGAGAUGGGACAGAUGGCUGACAUGUUCUUUAAUAAAAUUGGAAGGAUUCUCUUCUACGUAUGCAUUAUAGUGUAUCUCUAUGGUGACCUCGCUAUAUACGCUGCUGCUGUUCCAAAGUCAAUGAGAGAUAUAGUAUGUGGCAACAUGUCAUGUUCAACGAACGAUUCAAACCCGCCACAAGAUGGCGACAUAUGUUGGGGAACCACCAUAACCAGGAACAAUGUUUACCAAAUAUUUCUGGCAUUGUUCACGAUUGUUCUCGGACCAUUCACCUACUUCAGUGUGCAGAAAACAAAAUAUUUGCAAAUCUUUACAACUGUGUUAAGAUGGCUGGCUUUCCUCUCGAUGAUAACCCUCGCUAUCAUCCAUAUUUCCACCACUAGGGGCGGUGAAGGGCAUCCUCCAGUGGCCAAUAUAUCCGGGGUUCCGAACCUUUUCGGGGUCUCGGUUUAUUCGUUUAUGUGCCAGCACUCCCUCCCCUCCCUUGUGACUCCUAUUCGCAAUAAACGACGACUCCCCUACCUACUGGGGGCCGAUUAUAUACUCAUUCUAUUAUUCUAUAUGCUGCUUGGUAUGACAGCUAUAUACUGCUUUCAAAGUGAUGUAAUAAAGGAUAUUUAUACCCUCAAUUUCCAGGAUUCAUGUGAUGUCACAAACAUCAUUGUUCUUCGAUAUUUCCUUGGGUUGUUUCCAGUGUUCACUUUAUCGAGUAACUUUCCCAUAAUUGCCGUCACAUUGCGCAAUAACCUUAAGGCGUUAUUCAAACCUUCUUCUUCAUUCUGGGUGAACAGGAUUCUCUUCCCGACAAUUGCAAUUGUCCCUCCCAUUAUUGUGGCCUUUAUUACAAACAAUCUAACUACAUUAGUGGGGAUAACGGGGUCGUACGCUGGGGCGGGGGUCCAAUACGUUAUACCCGCGUGUCUUGUUCUGUUAGCGAGACAAGAAGCAACGCAGUAUCAUGGCAGCGCUGUGGUUCGGAAAAACCGCCACAGGUCUCCAUUCUCACGUAGGUUAUGGGUGAUCAUGGUGUUAGCAUGGGCGGCCGUAUGCUUGGUAUUCGUAACUGUGAACCAUAUUUUAUCAUUACCUUAAAUUUUACUUAUUAAGCUCAUUAAUGGCCUCACAGAUUAUUUUUCAAUUUUCAUUGAACAGUUGUUCUUGUUGUUUAUUGUAUGAUAUUGACUGUGUUUUAAAAGUUGUCAAUUUUAACUAAAAACUUAAAAUGACAACAUCCACUUUUAGCAGUUUCAAUUUGCCUUAUUUUUGUUUGUUUAUUUAAAGUCUACAAUGCAAAACUUUUUGGGGGAAUUUUGUGUUUUCUCCUUUAUAAUAGUUGCCUACAGACUACAUUUUAAUUAUUUUACAUACAAUGUUUAAAUGUCUAAUUCUUCAACUUUACCAAAUAUAGAUGGUGCAAUCAUGCUUCCCUUUAAAACCUUGAUCAUUUAACACCAACUUCGAUUUAAAUGUAGGGCCACACUCAUAUAUAAUAGAAACCCACAACCCUCAAAUUGUUAUGUCAGCUUAAAUGUCAACGUUCAU